AUUUCGAUGUGACUCCGCCAGCGUUUCCGGUCGAGGCUUGCGGGGGACAGAGGACUAGUUUGAAACAAACGUGAUAACCUGCUUUUUGCUGUUAUUUUUUCGGGUUUGAGUGCGCGUUACGAGUAAAUCUAUGGAUAUCAUGUAAUUGUAGUUAAAUUAAUGAUACAGUCCAGUUACGUUUGAUAUAUGCGGGUUAUUUUACGGGUGGCAGGGCUGUAACCUUGGCCUGCUUGUUAGUUUCUGUAGCUGGUAGCUCAAAAAUACAACAUGUUAGGCAUCUAUCGCAGUUUGAGCUUUUCGUCGGUCAAGAACCUGACAGAAGCUACUGCGGUUUUGUCACCUUGUACCUGGUUUAUGUCGGCACGCAGCAAAUUCACCAAAUCAAGAGUCCCAAAAGAGCAUUUUGAUGAGAUAUCAAAAGAACAUGACAAAUAUGGGGGAGAUCCAGACCAACCUCAUAAACUGCACAUAGUGACACGAGUAAGAAGUGUGAAGCGAAGGCCGUACUGGGAGAAAGAAACCAUAAGAUAUCUUGGGCUUCAGAAGGGUAACUCUCCUGUUAUUCACAAAAAUACACCUGCAGUCAAUAACCACCUGAAAAUUGUCAAGCACCUUGUGAGUAUACAGCCACUGAAGACUCCCUACGGACUCCCAGCAGAAGAGGACAUGGCUGAUACAUACAUUAACAGCAAUGGAGAGCUGAUUGUACGUCGCCUCCUCAAGCCCGUCGACCAAAAGGCCAUCGAGUCUUAGCUCCGCUAUCGAUCAUAUCAUUAGUUGUUUUGUACAAAUGGAAAGCUCCCUUCCUUUCUGGAUUCCGGUAGACAGAGUAAAUGAUGUGGCGUUAGCCAGAUUUGAGGACUGGUUGUAUGUAAUGUGUCUUCGGCUUGCAGACAAUAAACCUCAGCUGAAUAUGAGUAA